AUGAAUAGCUCUCUUCCAAACUAUGUGAUUUUUCUUCUGAGCUCAGCGCUCGCAAAAGGCUUAGUUUGUCACGAUACCCUUACCGGUGUGGAGUACCGUUUAAGGGAUUUCGUUGUUCGUGUUGGUACUGCCUCGCAAGUUACUACCACGAAAGGGGUUAUCGUUGAGGUAGAAUAUGAACCUUCGCAGGUAGCUGUACAAAGUGCACAUAUGAUGACGGAAAUGAUGCAGAUGUUCUUCCCUCAAUAUGUUGGUGAUUCGCGAAUGCAAUCGUCAACGUCACAUCCUAUGUGGCGUGUCGUCUUUGAGCACGUCGACGAAGCUCGUGCUAUGGUCAACAGGCAAUGCUCCCAUUUGGAAUCUUGGCAGAUCAUAUCUUACACGAUAUCCAUGUGUUUUUUGAUUGUAUGGUUCCGUCGAAUGAAUCGCUCGGACAAGCCGUUUAUACAAAGAUUCAGGUAUGUCAUGCGCUAGAA